UUCUUAGAGAAUAUCGUCUUUGCUCAGUUGGAAACAUUAUAUCGACUUUCGUCUCCUUCGAUGAAAGUAACAUCUUUAAAAACUUAUGGUGAUCAACGAUAUUCUUUGAAUAAAGACUAG